CAGGACCGCCUGGUGUGAUGUAAGAGGGCGUGGCUCGGACACGGCCUGGGAGAGAGAGAUGAGAGUACAGUAGUAGUGAAGUGGAAAGAUAGCUAUGUACGUUUUUGGUAGUGAGUAGUAGCAGAGUUAGCAGAUUUCAAAGGGAUCGUUGCGGGACAACCUAGUGUGCCCGCUCUUCUUGUCAGAUGGGAAGCUGCUUUGGAAGUAUGGGGAACUGUUUUCGAUCGCACCGUAUGAGCAGCAACAUCGCCAGUACCAGAGAGCCUCUGUUGAGAGAGACGGAGAGGGACGCCGUUACCUCCUUGCUUCAGUACCUAGAGCAAGAUUCAAACAACCCACACAAGACAAUCUCAGAUGAUAAGCUACGUGACCUCUGUACCCUGGCCUACUCUGAUAAUGUUGAUCUCCAACGAUCGGCUGCCCUGUGCUUCUCUGAACUGAGUGAGAAAUUGAUGGAGCCCAUCACAGAGGCGCAGUUGGAGCCACUAAUUCACCUCCUGCUCUCCUCAGACAUUGAGGUCCUGAAGGCAUCCUCCCUGGCCAUCAGUAACUUCGCUCUCCACGGACCACCCUCCAACAAGGAGACAAUAGUCCAGGCCAAGGCCCUGCAGCCACUGAUAUCUCUACUGUCCAGUGACAGUGCCGAGGUUCAGUGUAAUGCAUGCGGCUGUAUCACCACUCUCGCUACCACUGGUGAGUUUGUACAUUUUUGGCGGGCGAAGUGAGCCUACUGAAUUGCACGAUUUGAUGCACCAACAGUGCUGUCACCACACCAUCAGUUCUACUAGUUCUCCAUGCACAUAAUUGCACUUUCCUCCCUUUUAUUCUCACCCCUUUACCCUCUUCCUCCCUCCAUACCUUUAUCCCCACUGCCCUCCCAAUACUACAUACCACCAGAAGCCAACAAGGUUGAGAUAGUAGAGUAUGGAGCAAUACCACCUCUGUUGGCUCUGACUAGAGUCAAUGACCCCAGAGUUCAGAGGAACACCACCGGGGCACUUCUCAACCUUACCCACAUCGAGAGUAACAGAGAGAAACUGGUCCAGGCAGGAGGGGUGACAGUGUUUGUCCAUCUCCUGGACUCCAAGGACGCUGACGUACAGUUCUACUGUGCAGCAGCUCUCAGCAACCUCGCUGUACAUGAGGCCCACAGGAGUGCAAUAAUGGCAGUCGGCAAUGGGAGAGUGGUUGGAAGUCUUGUCACUCUCAUGAGCUCUUCCGUUGAUAAGGUCCGUUGCCAGGGCUGUCUCGCCAUCCGGAACCUAGCUUCUGACGACAUUAACCAGGACAGAAUAGUUAGAAAUGGAGGUCUAAGCGUACUCAUCCCACUCCUCAGGUCAGCAGACGCUGAGACAGUCACAGCCGCAGUGGCGGCUCUCAGGAACCUCUCCAUUCACAAAGGAAACGAGCAACUAAUAGUGGCCAGUGAAGCACUGCCAGAGCUAAAGAGACUGCUGUUGAUGAGAGAGCAGUCGGAGGUACAGUGCCACACUGCCGGAACGUUCCGGAACCUCGCCGCUGAAGACCAGAGCCAGGCUAUAGUAGACGAAGGAUGCAUUCCUGUACUGGCAGACCUACUACAAAACUAUCAAGGUGUACCAGAGGCUGUUUUAACAGAAGUCAGUGCUGCUCUAGCUGUACUUGCUGCCAAUGAGAGUGCGAGGAGACAGUUGAUGUCGCUGUAUGACGGUGAGUUCUAUAAGACCCUCAUAGAGUGGACCGAGAGCCAGUACUCUGAAGUGCAGUACAACUGUGCAGGCAUCAUUGGACACAUCGCCAUCAACACCGAAUACCACUCUAGACUACUGAGUGGGUCACCGUCAGUAAUGAGUGUCAUCCAUCGCUUCAUGGAGUCAGAGGAGUCCAGUUGUGUCCAUAUUGCUCUCUGGAUCACCUCCCAGUUCUCUCAGGGAGACAUGGGGACGAGGUCUCAGUUGAGACAGCCUGCACUGCUGGACAGAGUGAAGCAGCUGCGAUCAUCUCAGAGAAACUCAGAGGACAUCAGACAACUGGCAGAGUCCACUCUCGGUCAUAUCACGGCUGGUCAGACUGAACCAAGCUCAUGAUAUUUAUAAAAGCCACCUAAACUCUGACACUCUGAUUCAUCACACGACUUGAUCUCUAGAAAUUCAUCUUUUAUGUCUCUUUAAAAUUUUAGCUACAGGUAUGAAUAUUUGUGUGGCUAAAUUUUGUAGCCAAUUCUGUGUGUUUAAUAAGAUUCUCCUGUUCAGUUGCUGAAUUUUAACUUCAUUUUUAACCCUCGGGCACGCAUGCGCAGCAAAGGUUACAGCACUGAGGGUUU